AUGGCUGCAGCACCAGACGAAGGAUUGAACAGACCAGGCCAUCGUUCAAAACCUAAAAACACAGAGCUUCAAGCUGUUAAGAGUAAAGCUAAGAGCAACCGAGUUCACGAUUCAAUUUAUGUGAUGCUUCAGCAAAACCCUGAUCCAGAAUCUGGGAUUCAACAGGCUGUGACACUGCUUACAAAAUCGAAUGAAGAUUUAUUCCGAAUCACGAAGAAGAUAGACGAGAAACAGAAUGAAGAACGCGUGGCUUAUAACAAGUUGUACAGCUUAGAAUAUGAAGAGAGAGGAUUUAGAAGUAAGUCGAGCAUUGUAGGGAAGAGAAUGGCUGCUCUAAAACGAGAACUCGACAAGCUCACUUUUGCUAAUAAUGCUUACAAGGACAGAUCUAUCAGCACACAAGACAAGUUGAAUCUCCAUAACUUGCAUUUCCAUAUGCAUCAUGGAACUUAUAACAUGGCCAAGGAAAAGAAGCUCUUGGAAGAGGUGAAUGCCUGCAAAAAGAAAUCAAAUGACGACUUCGAAAAUAUUCUGUUUUUGUUAGAACAGAUACGGAGAUUGAAGAUGGACAUUGGUAGGAACUAUUUCAUCCCAAGACCAGCAAUAAUGGUUGAUGAAAAGCAAGUUCUUCAAGAGAUUAAUGAGCUUAAAUGGAAGAGAGAUAAAGCCUUUGCCGAUGCUCCUGUAAAGGGAAAGAUUUGGAACUCUUUGCCUCCCAAAAAUGUCAUCAAAAAACAAAUUAAGGAAAUGGAAUUGGUUUUGGAUGAUGAAUACAGGAAGAAACAUAUGGAGCUGAAAGGUGAAAUACAAGCGGUGAAUAGACAAAUCAAUGGUGUGAAGAGACAAAUCAAUGGUGUGAAUAAGAACAUAGCUUCUUUGAACAGGCAAUUGUUAGAAGUUCGUAGGAAGAAAGGGACAGCUUACAAAGAAGUUUUAAGGUUAAUCAAGAUUCAAAAUCAACAUGAACCAAUCGAGCUCGGUGGUUAA